AUGGAAGAAGGGUUAGAAGAAGAAGAUGUUUUGAGGUCAAUAAGUAGCCUAAGGAUGAAUAUAGGAUCUUCAAGUAGAAGAAGUUGGGCAUCAACAAGUGGUGGUGAUGAUGUGUUUGAGAAGAACAAGAAUGAAAUAGUUGUUGAUGAUGAAGAGCUUAGAUGGGCUGCCAUAGAAAGGCUUCCUACUUUUGAAAGACUAAGGAAAAGCAUUGUGAAAGAAGCUAUUGAGAGUGGUGGAUUUAGUUAUGAAGAAGUUGAUAUAUCAAAGCUUGGUAUUCAUGAUAAGAGUAAACUCAUGGAUGGUAUAUUAACUAGUGUUGAAGAAGAUAAUGAAAAGUUUCUCUUUAAGAUAAGGGAGAGGAUUCAUAGGGUUGAGAUAGAGAUUCCAAAGGUGGAAGUGAGAUUUAACAAAUUAUAUGUUGAAGGAGAUGCAUUUAAUGGAAGCAGAUCAUUACCAACACUUGUGAACUCAACCAUGAAUCUCAUAGAGGGAAUUCUUGGAGCAAUGAAGGUUGUCCCUUCAAAGAAAAGUGCGAUAAAAAUACUUGAAGAUGUUAAUGGAAUUAUCAAGCCAGCAAGGUAA